GAGGGCGGCCCGCGCCCCGGAAGCUCUUUCGGCCGGUGCCGGUCCCGCCCCUGCCGUGUCUCCUGACCCGGAGCCGCUCCCGAGCCCGCCGCUGACGGUGCCCGGUCCCUCCAUGGCUCCCAAGGGCGGCCCCGGCGGGCGGCAGCAGUCCGAGGAGGACCUGCUCCUGCAGGACUUCAGCCGCAACCUCUCGGCCAAGUCCUCCGCGCUCUUCUUCGGCAACGCCUUCAUCGUGUCCGCCAUCCCCAUCUGGCUUUAUUGGAGGAUAUGGCACAUGGAUCUUGUUCAGUCCGCAGUCCUGUACAGCGUGAUGACCCUCAUCAGUACCUAUCUGGUGGCUUUUGCCUAUAAGAACGUCAAGUUUGUCCUCAAGCACAAGGUAGCCCAGAAAAGAGAGGAUGCUGUGUCCAAGGAGGUGACUCGCAAGCUGUCCGAGGCGGACAACAGGAAGAUGUCCCGUAAGGAGAAGGAUGAAAGAAUUCUGUGGAAGAAAAAUGAAGUUGCAGACUACGAAGCGACAACUUUUUCCAUCUUCUACAACAACACCCUGUUCCUGGUCCUGGUCAUCAUCGCUUCCUUUUUUGUGCUGAAGAACUUCAACCCCACCGUAAACUAUAUUCUUUCUAUUAGUGCUUCAUCAGGACUGAUUGCUCUGCUCUCCACAGGAUCCAAGUAGACAAAAACCCCACAGAAAUUUAUUUCUGUGGGAGACUUCAACUGCCAUAGAAACAUUUAAGGGCAGAAUAGGAAUUUUUUUUUUGUAUUAUGAGCGUAAGGGGGGGGGAGGGUUUAAAUCCAAACUGAUGGAAUUAUAUUUACUUUUGGUAUCUUUCCAUGGUAUUAUUCAAUAUCUGAGUUAAUGAAUUUUUUUUUUUACUUAGCAAGGGAGGGAAAUGGGGUGUGGGCUGUGACCAGACAUCACCUUUGUGAGGCACCACAGAGGGGUGAUGGUUCUGCAGCCCAGGGGCAGCUCCACAGUGGGACUGUCCAGCUGUACGCACAGCCUGGGCCAGAAGGCCCCUGGGUGUUUGGUGAGCAGCCUCAGAGCCAAACCCCCUGAUCAAAAAAGUGACAAUCCACCAUUUAUCAAUGUAACUUGAGAAGUUGUAAUAAAAAGGAGCUUUUUUUGCCAUUUAAUUCCUUGUAUUUCCAUUCUUCAAAAAGUAGGUAUUUUCAUGUGUAGGUUUGUUGGCUCGCUCUGCUUCCAGAAGAGAAGAGUCUUUUCCUGUGUUCACUGGAAAUAUUCCUCAUUUUUAAGUAACUCGUAGUCAGGACAAAAACCUAAACCUCCCAGAAAAACACUUUUGAAGUGGUUUGAAUGUAGGUUUUUUUCCAUUCAUGUCCAAAAUCACAAAUAAAUAAGAAGCCCUGCCGGUUUCCUUGCACAGCUUAGCAGAAAUGCUUUAGCUGGCUUUUUGUAAUGGGUUUAUCAGGCAAUCCUGUCCCUUAUUUUCUUGCUCUCACUGAAGCAGCUGUUCUGUUAAAUGCCAAACUCCACUGCUAUUAAUGGAAUUCUAGAGCAGAAGCUACAGAUCCUGCCAUUACAGACUCGGGAUCUGUAGGGAAGAAGGAGAAAGCUCAUAAUCAGAUUUAACGUAACAAUUACUCUGCUAAUCUUUACUUCAAUAAGAUUUAUGGAAAAUAGAGCCAAAUGAAGAAUCUGGAGAGCAGGAGACAGAAAGGGCUCUGUUUCUGACAAAUAACCAGUCAUAAAACGAUUCCUAAUUACCCAGUGCCUGCUGACUGACUGUAACACUUGUCAGCAUCCUUUGGGAUUGGGUGGGAUUGGGAGGUCUUCAGUCUCAACCCUCCCCUGCAUAGUUCACUCUUCCUUUGCUUCCCAGUAUGAACUGUUCUGCUUCUGUAUUCAAACCAUGAACAUUCCCAUGGGUUUGGUGCACUCCAGAGCUGCCCUUGAAAUCACUUUUCUGGUCAGGCAUUUAACACUUUAUAUUGACUUGAUUGCUUCCCCUCAAAAUACGUGGAUUUUUCUGUAUCACUUGUGCCUGAUUGUUCACCUCAGGAAGGAGACAUUCCACGUUGCUGGUGCCUGCCUUGCACAAUUGUACUUUGCUUGACUUAUCACUUUUUUAUAAAGGAUAUAAUUUCUGUAUUUUAGGUUUUUUAGCACACACAACCCAAAUUUCUAACAAGCUUCCAACAAGUAACUAGUCAGAGCCCAAGAGGAGGCCAAGCUGGCAGCUCUCUAAGCAGCAGGAUUUGAUGGGGCUGGUUUUUGCUCUGGUCCUCCCAAAGCACCCAGUACUUAAAUUCCAAUAUUUGAACAAACAGCAUCAGUACACUCAUUUUACUGCCAGGGCUCUCACUGCCCUGUCAGGUGUUUUAGCAGGUGACAGGUGUUUUUUCCAGAAAAUCUGCUGGCUGGAGAAGCGCUUGGAAGCAGCACUUUCUUUUGCUAUUACUGUCACCUCACUGAGUCUUUUAUUAACAGCUUUUCAUCCUACUGUGGUUUUUUUUGGUAUUAACAGUUGCUGAGGCUGGGAGCUCAGCGAGUGAGGAGAGGGAACGUGGAGCACUGACAGCCUGAAACAAAAGUCAGUGGGGGAGUGGGGCAGGUUGUGUGCUGCAAAAACCCCUCAUCUUGGGCCUUCUCGGGAAAGUUUGGGGCUGUCUUCUUUUUGUUAUUUGUAAUUCUGUCUGCUUUUGAGUUGUUUUUUUGGGUGGUGGUUGUUUUCUCCCCUUGCAAUCCCCACUAGAAGCUGCAAUGAUAUAUAUAUAGAAGUCAAUAUAAUAGACUGAAAUUAGAUUUCUUCAGUUAAUGCUGAGGGUUAACCUGGAGCUGAGCUGCUGCUUGGCCCCCCAUUGCCCUCAGAGUUUUAAGCUCUUGCUCCAAGUAAGGGACAAUGCCAUCUCCUUUUCAAUUAAAAAAAGUUGGGAAUUAAUCUAUUUUUAAUACACUGCUGGAUUCCCACGUACGUGCGAAGGGAAAGGGAGAACAUUAAAUUGUACCUCCAGAGGGAGGGAAAUUAGUCUGCUACUGGGAAGAUAAUUCUCUUAAAUUAAUAAAGCUGUUAACUGUG